UGGAGAGUCAGUUGAUCUCGUUUCGUUUAAGCAGUGAAUCUCUCCUGUUUAUUCACUUGAUUUGGGCCCCGUUUCAUGUUGUUUUCAAAACAACAUUUCGUGUAGAUUUAUCUAUCUUCGCCGAAGAAUGAGCGACAACGAUGAUAUCGAGGUCGAUAGCGAUGAAGAAUCACCGAGAUAUCACAAUGUGGCAGACAAACGGGCACACCACAAUGCGCUGGAGCGCAAACGAAGGGACCACAUCAAAGACAGCUUUCACAGCCUUCGGGAUUCUGUUCCCGCCUUGCAAGGCGAAAAGCAGUCUAUCAAACAGGCAUCCCGAGCUCAGAUUCUAGACAAAGCCACAGAGUACAUCCAGUACAUGCGACGGAAAAACCACACACACCAGCAAGACAUCGACGACCUGAAGAGGCAGAACGCUCUGCUGGAGCAACAAGUACGGGCACUGGAGAAAGUCAAGGGGACCACACAACUUCAGGCCAACUACUCUUCUUCAGACAGCAGCCUGUACACCAACCCCAAGGGCAGCGCUGUAUCAGCUUUCGACGGUGGUUCUGACUCAAGCUCAGAGUCUGAGCCGGAGGAACAGCGUUCCCGAAAGAAGCACCGCGGGGAGGACAGCUAGUCUUCGACCUGCUCCACAAAGUUCUCCUUUGAGGGGAGGGAGAGUCAUAGCAAUGGCAUGUUUAGUGCUUUUUAUUUUUUAACUGUACCUCAAAAUCCCCGAACCCCUUAAUCGAUCUCAUCCAGUGAAUGUCAACCAGAGAACCCUCGAUUCCACAUCUACAGAAACCUCACCAGAGCAAAGGACACCCAUUAGGGGAAGAAGAUUCGUGAUCGAAAACAUGGCUUGUUUUUUCUCUCCCUCCCUCUCCAACUGUUCGUCCAUCUUGUGUCCUGGCACACGCAACAACAAACGAUGAUUUAAACCCAAAAUGAGGCAGCUUUGCAACUUAAGGACUUGAUGCUUUUUUUGUACCCUUGUCUGCAAUCCCUACAGGAGGAAUCCAAAGGGGUGAAAAAGGCGUACAGCUCCAAGCACUGCUAAAAUAUACUUUUUAUAUAUUAUAUAUAUAUAUAUAUAUAUAUAUAUAUAUAUAUAUAUAUAUAUAUAUAUAAUCUUAAAACCUGCUUAGAACUUACCCUUAGCUGAAUUGUUCGAGUGGUUUGCCUUUCUAAAUAUUUGUAACUUUUCCAUAAAGAAAUGUUAAAUUACUUUAAAGCAUCAAUCAGUGUACCCCUGUUAGAUGAGUGACAAGUUUUGACAUGUUAUUAGUCAAAUCCCUUAUUUAAAAAGAAAAUGAAACAUGCUUUAUGGGAAGACUGCUGAGCUUGUAUUGUAUUUGUUGUUUUAGCCUGAUGUAGUAAAGUUUACAGGUUGAAUUAUUUUUUUUUAAUGGGGUGAAAAAGUGAUAAACGCAUUUCCCAAAAAUGUAUUUCACUCCAUAUUGGGAAUAUAAAAGUUCCAAAUGUGGUUUUCCCCACAGAGCUAGUCGAUAUUGAAAGAGUAGAUUCAUGUUGUGACUUAAGGUAAAUGUUCUAAAUGUUCAUUGGAAAUUUGACCGCAGCAAGCCACAAAGAGUUGCAUUUUGAUUGUCUAGGGGCUGUGAGUGUGUAUAUCUUUAACCAUUAUUUUCCACUUAGGACAUUAGGUCUUUGUCAGAUUCCAUUCCAUGGAAAUUACAGGUAUGUUGUACAUACUGCCAACUGUUGUCUUGCAAGUUAAGGCCUACCUUUACAGUGAGAAUAUAAAUAAAACUAUUUUAUCCUUUA